AUGCCUUUCUACAACACUUACCCAGGCUUUCUUUAUCGCCAGUUCCUGGUCUGCCCUUCCAAGGCCCCGUCUACCACCUCCCUUCGCGGCAAGGCAGGUAUCGUGACGGGCUCCAAUACUGGACUGGGCUAUCAAGCUUCAGCCCAGCUGCUUAAUCUUGGACUAUCCCAUCUGAUUUUGGCCGUCCGUAGCAUCCCUAAGGGCGAAGUUGCCCGGAAAUCCCUUCUCGCUUCACUCCCUGCUUCGGCUAAGCCCCCCGUAGUCGAGAUCUGGCAGUUAGACCUAGGCAGCUACGCUAGCAUCACCGCAUUUGUUGAUUGCCUCAAGCGCUCCGACAUCCAGAUCGACUUUGCUCUUCUAAACGCUGGUGUUGCCAACUUCAACUUCACCAUCAACCAACCCACCUCUCAUGAGUCAAGUAUUCAAAUCAAUUGGCUGAGCACCGCUCUCCUGACUCUGCUGUUGCUGCCCGAGCUUGAUCGUCAAGCUGCCAAUAAUCUCAAUCGUGCUCGCCCGGUGAUUUCUAUUGUCGGCAGUGAAACAGCCGCCUGGGCCAAGUUUGCCGAAGCCCAGGUGUCUACCAAGCAGGGAAUCCCACUCAUCGACGUAUUGGAUGACAAGAGCCACUUCGACAUGGGCGAUCGAUACUAUACCUCUAAGCUGCUCUAUCAGCUCUUCUUCCUCGAGUUGUUCCGCAAUCGAUCUAGUGCUAAGAACUCCACGGGCGCCAUUCUUAACUUGGUUAACCCCGGUUUCUGCUAUGGCUCUGAGUUGCAUCGUACGGCUGAGGGCGCUUUCGGUACAGUCCUUAGUGGCAUGAAGAGAGUCACCGGUCGCUCUGUCUCUAUGGGUGCCCGUACGCUGGUUCAUUCAUCGGUAUUAGCCGGUGAACCUUCUAAUGGCAAGUACCUGAGUGACAACAAGCCGGCUCCAUUUGCCGGAUAUGGAGACAGUGAUUCUGGUAGAAUCACGCAGGUCCAGAUCUGGAAGGAGACAUUGUCCGAGUUGGGCCCGGUGGUGAACAUUGACAAGCUGUUGUCAGAGAUUUGA